AUGGGUCGCAAGAAAAUUAAUAUAUCCAAACUAGUGGACGAAAAAAACCGUCAUGUGACAUUUAACAAACGCAAAUUUGGCCUCAUGAAGAAAGCUUACGAGUUGAGCAUAUUAUGUGAUUGUGAAAUAGCAAUAAUUGUGUUCAAUGAGUCAAACAAGUUGUACGACUACGCUAGUACAGACAUGAACCAAGUAUUACUUAAGUAUACUCAAUAUAGUGGUGAACCACAUGAAACAAUAACAAACACUGAUAUGAUUGCUGUAAAAUCAAAAUUCAUUGUAUUUUUUUAAUUAAUGCCCACUCCUAGAAUUAAACUUAAAAACAACGAUAUUUCUGAUGAGGAAUUCAGAAAGAUUAUGACACAAGGAGAGCGGAUAAUGGUUGUAAGUAUCUAUAAUUUGUAAUACCUAUCUAUAAUAUAUUAUAGUUUACAUAAAUUCAACUACUUUUUUUUUUUAUGUACCUAUAGUAAAUAAUAUGUAUACCUA